AUGAUCAUCCGAGCCAAAAUCGGUGACUAUGACGUAGGGCGAGUACUGAUCGACGGGGGAAGUUUGGUAAACAUAAUCUUUGCUGAUGCCUUCAGAGAUAUGGGAAUAGAUGACAGCCAGGUCAAUCGGCAGCUAACGCCUCUGCUUAGUUUCUCUGGAGACCUGGUCCAACCGAUCAGCAGUGUCAGACUGCCCAUCGCCUUCGACAUUACCCCACGAAAAACGAUGGUAUAUGACCAAUUCCUCAUUGUCGACUGCCCAACGGCAUAUAACGUUAUAUUCGGACGAACGGCACUCACCGGGAUCAAGGCACACCUAUCCCCUCACAUGCUAUUGAUGAAAUUCCCAACAUGCAACGGCACUGGCGCGAUUAGAGGAGAUCAGCUUAGCGCACGACCUUGCUAUGCCACACCUCUCAAAUAG